AUGGACCCAGCCUCGGCCAACAACCCGCUCCUGUCGCCGCCGGAGCUGUCGCCCCUGGAGCAGGAGGUGCUGGAGGAGUACGAGCGCCUGGCCGAGAACAUGAAGAAGAUGGCCACGAUCCUCGACACCAUGGCCAACCAGCCGACGACCGAGAUCCUCGACGGGCUGCGCGAGCUGGAGCGCAAGACGAGCCUGGUCUUCACGCUGCUCAAGGCCAGCGUCUACAGCAUCGUGCUGCAGCAGGAGAUCGACUGGGGCAGCGGCGAGCAGGGGCGGCACUGA